AUGGCAUUUCAUACGAAGAAAAUAAAAACACCGAUGCAUACAAAACGCAAUACAGAUAUAAAUAUCAUAAUACAGAAUUGUACGAAGCGUCAACUUGAGGAGAAAAAUAAUAAUUGUGUUUUGAUUAUGACUGGUUCUCUUAAUCCAAUACAUCGUUCACAUAUAAAAAAUCUUCAGCAUGUUCGAAACUAUCUUGAACACCAUAGAUCAAAACCAUUGAAUGUUCUUGCUGCUUAUUUAUCACCUACACAUGAUUCGUAUGUUCUCGAUAAAUUGGGUCAUUCGGAUUGGAUUUCAGCUGAAGAUCGAUGUGAACUUUGUGAACAAGUUAUUGGAUUGGAUGAAAAUACAAAAUCUUGGAUUUCUGUAGCUAAAGGUGAAUGUCAAUUCAAUGGAUUCGUUGAUUUUGAUGAAGUAAGCAUGAGUUUUGCUGAAUUUCUCAAUUAUGAAUUAUGUGGACCUGAAAAACUUCUCAAACAUCCAUUAAAAAUUGUUUAUAUAUGUGGUUUGGAUCAUUUUAAUAAAUGUCCUUAUGUUACACAAUUGGUAACAGCAGAAAAUGUAACUUGUGCUGUGAUAUAUCGUCCUGGUGCUUCUGAUAGUCGGAUAAAAAAUUUUGAAGAAACCUUGCCGAAUUUAUAUUAUAUUCCAUUAGCUGAUGAACGUGAAACACUUGUUGAUAUUAGUUCAACAGCAAUUCGACAACAGCAUCAUAAUCCAACUAAGACAGAUCUUACUGGAUUAACUUAUCAAUGUGUUAUUGACUUUUUAGAAAAAAAAUAUGGGAAAAAAUAA